AUGAGCAAAGGUGGUCAAAACAAUCAUGCUUUGGGUAGUAGCAGUUUCGCUGGCGAACGUCUCCCACAAGACACGCAUGAUCUAGUUUGUGAUAAGAUCUCACGUUUGACUAAGAGCAGUCAUCGUAGCGGUAUGAUGACCACGGGUAUUGCCUCAGCAGAUCUACACCAACAAUCAGCACCAACAAACGGACUAUCGCCAGCCGCACAACUUGACGCAGCACAAUCCGCACAAACCACUCUCAAGAGUAAUCGUCUAAUCAGUGGUGCACUACAAAUCAACAAGUUCAUUCGAGGCGGGGGUAAACGACGGGUAUCAACUUCCAGUCAACAACAGAAUUUAUCAUCAGCACCAUCAUCGUUCGAUGAUGAAACGCUGAGUCUAUCGGGUUCAGAUACAGACAGCAAUGAUAGUAGCAAUAAUUGUGGUAUUAGUAUGGUCGGAAACAGUCGACGACGUGGCUCGAGCCGUUCGAAUUUCGCUGAUGAAGACGAUUCGUUGGAGGAAUCUGAUGAAGUGGGUAUCGACGUGGUGGAGACAUCGUUGUGCGAGAAGCACUCCAGAUGCUUCUUGUUCGACGAACACUACAGUCGUGUACAUUCACUACCACCCAUCUACGAACAUCGUGGUGAACGCUCCACACUGCCAAGACACUGUCAGUUUUUGUAUUCAAGAAACGGAUUCUGA